AAUAAAAACAAAACAAAACAAAUCGACUUUAAAAUCCCGAAUGCGCUAUCUUCGUCAAAAGAAAGCAAUUAAACAGCGCCGGCCAAAAAAGCAAUUAAACGGUCCCUUUGACGGCACCAGCGCGACUCGCUACACUCCAAACCAACUCCGAUCACCUGCACUCCAAACGACUUUGCCACGAACAAAGACAACCAAAAGACACAUUGUCCUGCCGCCAUCGUGGUCCUCCAUAAGCUCACCCCGCUUCUUUUCUAUUUAUACCACCGCAAUUAGUAAAACAAGUUGUAAUUAUGCAUGCAGUCAUGGAGAACCAUUAAAGCUCCAGAGAAGAUGAAAAGAGGAAAUCAUAUAAUCAAGCUUUUCUUGUAGUUUCUAUGAAAGAUGCUGGUCUCCAUUUUUCACAAUUGUCGGAAGUGGGUAGUGGUGGCGGCAGCCGGUGAUAGCAGCAACGUGUACCGGUAGCGACAGCCAGCAAGUAGUGAUGGGUGUUAAUGCCAACAAAAAUGAAAGGGUAUAAAAGUAAAAUCUUAUUAUUAAGCUAGGGCGAUCUGUAUAAGCUAGGGCGACAUUUAGCAAUCCCCUUUAAUUAACCAUUGAAAAAUCUUGCUUCCAAAUAAACUAACCGUCUUCGCCUUCGUAAACCCUCCCCACAAUAUAUACAGUUAUACACCUCCCUCCAUUUUACAGAUAACUUCCUAAUUACUUUUCCUCUCCAUUUGAAGUCAUCUCUGUGUCAAUUCCAAUUCAAACCCACCACGCGCUUCUCUCUCUCGCUCCGUCUGCAUCGCCAGUCGCCACCAAUCCUUCACAUCUUCGACCGAAGCUGUUCCUUCCGGCAGAUCCCCCGCUCAAUUCCUCAGAUCCAGGGAGAUCUCCGAUCUGACGGCUGCGGGCGGCUGCGCCGGCGGGACUCUCUACAGAUUCCUGCUUGUUUCCUUCAUUUCUAACUAGCUCGGAGAUAUGGAGAAUUUGAUCUCUCUAGUUAACAAGAUUCAGAGAGCUUGUACUGCUCUCGGUGAUCACGGGGAAGCUAGCGCGUUGCCGACUCUUUGGGACUCUUUGCCGGCUAUCGCCGUCGUCGGUGGCCAGAGUUCGGGGAAGUCGUCCGUGUUGGAGAGCAUAGUAGGAAAGGACUUCUUGCCUCGUGGAUCUGGGAUUGUUACUAGAAGACCUCUAGUGUUGCAGCUUCAUAAGCUAGAGGAAGGAAGCAGAGAGUAUGCUGAGUUCCUCCACCUUCCGAGGAAAAGGUUCACCGAUUUUGGUGCUGUGCGGAAAGAGAUUGCAGACGAGACUGAUAGAGAGACAGGACGCUCUAAACAAAUAUCUAGUGUUCCAAUCCAUCUCAGCAUAUAUUCUCCAAACGUUGUCAACCUUACGCUGAUCGAUCUUCCUGGGCUCACAAAAGUAGCUGUUGAGGGUCAAUCUGACAGUAUUGUGCAGGAUAUCGAGAACAUGGUGCGCUCCUUUAUUGAGAAGCCCAACUGUUUAAUUUUAGCAGUAUCACCUGCAAAUCAAGAUCUUGCCACAUCUGAUGCUGUUAAAAUUUCCCGCGACGUGGACCCGACAGGAGAGAGAACUUUUGGAGUUUUGACAAAGAUUGACCUCAUGGACAAGGGUACUGAUGCAGUAGAAAUAUUGGAAGGAAAAGCUUACCGGUUAAAAUUUCCUUGGAUUGGUGUCGUGAACCGUUCUCAAGCCGACAUUAACAAGAACGUGGACAUGAUCGCUGCUCGGCGUAGAGAGCGUGAGUAUUUUGCAACCACCCCAGAGUACAAGCACCUUGCUAACAGAAUGGGUUCUGAGCACCUAGCAAAAAUGCUGUCAAAACAUUUAGAAGUUGUAAUCAAGUCCCGUAUCCCUGGCCUUCAGUCACUUAUUAACAAGACAAUCGCUGAGCUGGAAGCUGAGCUUAGUCGCCUUGGGAAGCCUAUUGCUACUGAUGCCGGAGGGAAGCUAUAUUCAAUCAUGGAGAUUUGCCGUCUUUUUGAUCAAAUAUAUAAGGAGCAUCUGGAUGGAGUUCGACCAGGAGGUGAAAAAGUAUACAAUGUAUUUGAUAACCAGCUUCCUGCUGCCCUGAAGAGGUUGCAAUUCGACAAACAGCUUGCUAUGGAGAAUAUCCGUAAACUGAUCACUGAAGCUGAUGGGUACCAACCACAUUUAAUAGCUCCCGAGCAGGGAUAUCGCCGUCUGAUUGAAUCUUCGUUGGUUACUAUCCGAGGUCCUGCUGAGGCAGCUGUUGAAGCGGUUCAUUCCAUAUUGAAGGAGCUUGUGCAAAAGGCCAUCCAUGAGACGCUGGAGUUGAGGCAGUACCCUGGCCUCAGAGUAGAGCUUACAAACGCAGCUGUUGAAUCACUUGACCGAAUGAAAGAAGAAAGCAAGAAAGCAACACUGAAGCUGGUGGACAUGGAGUGUAGUUACCUGACUGUUGAUUUCUUCAGAAAGCUUCCCCAAGACAUUGACAAGGGUGGCAACCCUACUCAUUCCAUAUUUGACAGAUACAAUGAUUCGUAUCUUAGACGGAUUGGAAGCACAGUUCUUUCCUAUGUGAAUAUGGUGUGUGCAACCUUACGGAACUCUAUUCCCAAGUCCAUCGUCUAUUGCCAAGUGCGUGAGGCCAAACGAAGCCUCCUUGACCAUUUCUUCACUGAGCUGGGAAAAAUGGAGCAAAAGCAAUUGUCACAGUUGUUGAACGAAGAUCCUGCCGUGAUGGAGCGCCGCAGCGCCCUCGCAAAGAGGCUGGAGUUGUAUAGGUCUGCGCAGGCCGAGAUCGACCAAGUCGCUUGGGCGAAGUAAAGGUAAUGGCGAUCUUGCUCACAUGAGAAAGAAUGGAAUAUGUCGUCGGGCCAUCUGGGAUGUUGGCGUCUGGUAUUGUAGUAUUAGUUGAUGAGAUUUUCAUUGGUGACCUUGCUUCAUUUGUUUGCCAUCCGCUGAUUCAUUUUUAUUAUGUAGUUCUCCUCCUGUGAGCUAUUAAGAUUUUCCUCGUCUUUGAUUUGGCUGGCUUUAGUAAACGAAUUGACGGCUAUACGGAGAUAGCCUGUGUAUAUGUGGCUGUUCUGCUUAGCUUAUGCUUGCAUUCUUAGGUUUGGAGUUUGCUCUACAUGGUAAUUUUGCUGUUUUUAUUUUCUAGGGUAGUGACCGUCUCGUCGUUACUGUCUACAAGAAAUUUCACUUCUUCCAAUUAGUAAAACUAUGUGAUGCAACAUGCCCUCUGAGAGAUGGAAAAGCAGUAAGGAUGGUUGUCUGCCACUGUCGGGUUUCGAAGCUGUGAUCUUCGAGCUGCCGAGCCAGAGUGUGAUGGUGGAACGAAUCGUCAUUUACAUAUGAAGUUGUUCGCUCCUGCGAAGCCUGUUCGUCGUAUGUAUGCAUAUGGCAUUUUGGUAGACGAUAGGCGAAUGAAGCGGCAGAUGUGGUGGCUCACUGUCACGCCGUCAUCCUCGUUACCAAUUUCAUACAACAGUGGUUUGGUGUGCCAUCUGAUGGACUUCAGAUGGGUUGAGAACUUGAGAUAGUUCCAUAGUGGUGCUGCCAAGCUUAAAGAAAGAAAAUCUAUGUCAUAGUCUUGACCUAGUUUAGCCUAGCGAUUAUGACACAAUAACAUCAACAUGUUGGUUUUUAUUAGUGCACAGUUUAUACUUUAAAUUGUGAUCGGGAAUUGCUGAUCAAAAAGUUAAAGUGGGGCUUUGGGCCCAUAGUUCUGGGCUAUUGAACUGGCCCAGUUGAGCCCGUUAUGCUGAACGGAUGCUUCUCGAUAGGUUUGGGUAAAUAAAUUGGGUUAGGCUAU